CUUUUCAAUACAAGACAAUCCCAUAUUAUACAGGACAGGGACAACCCUACUCUAGAUACUAGUUAGUUAGCUGUAGUUAAACACUAACUUUACCCAUUUUAAUGUCCUCAACAUGUAGAUGUGGACUGCAGUGUCACUUUAACCAUAUUGUCUAACUGGUGUUUGUACUUUCAGUAUUUAUAAAAAUGAGAAGGUUCAGUGAAAGCUUUGAGGACGUGUUUGAUCAUUUGUGUGAGUUCAUUAUGUUUUAUUUUAUUUCCUUUAGUAUCAGCUGUAAUUCACUUGGAGUAAAAAGUUGGUCACCUCUGUUCUCAGCGCUCAGUUCAGAAACCUCCAAUCUGAGAGAACUUCAUCUGACUGUGGAAACACUGUAUCUGUCUGGGUAUUAUCUAGGAGACUCAGGAGUGAAGAUUCUCUGUGCUGGACUGGAGAAUCCUCACUGUAAAGUGGAGAAACUGAAGUUAUGUAGGUGGGAUGUCUCAGAUGAAGCCUGUGCUGCUCUGACUUCAGCUCUGAGAUCAAACCCCUCACACCUGAGAGACCUGAAUCUGUCCUGUAAUAAACUAGGAGACUCAGGAGUGAAGAUUCUCUCUGCUGUACUGGAGAAUCCUCACUGUAAACUGGAGAAACUGUGGUAAGAUCAUCUCUCUGAGCAUCACAUGACCUUCUCCUCAGUAAGACACAUUCUCUAAUAGUGAGACUGAAGCAGAAGUUUUAGGUUCAUCAUCAAUGUCCUGUGAUUGUUUCUUUUCACUGCACACUGAUGAUUUCUCACAGACUCUGAUGUGACUGCAAUGUGUCUGAAAUUACUGUGAAAUUUACUAAAACAUUGGAACUAAUCACACAAACUGGAGCUGGGACACAAACUAAAUUUACUGUGUGAGCUGCAGUGUUUAAAAGCAGAACUGACAUGGAAAUGAAUAGAACUUGGAGACUAAAUUUACACAAGAGUCUCUGGUCAGCUCACACUAUCAGAAUAUAUGUGACUGUGUGUGUUGGAUGUAAUAAUGUCACUCAGAGAUCAGGUGGAUGGUCACUCGGGGUCACUUUACUGUAUCUGGGGUAAAACAGCACCAAAAGGUUUAUCAUACAGUGCAUCAGUGUCACAUUGGAAAUCUUAACUGAAUAAACAGAAGCUCUGAGUUUACAAGCAGGACAAUUAACACACUCUUCAUACUCAAACACAACUAGGAGCUGACUGACAAAAUAAGUAAAGUUUUGUGUAGUUUAUAGUUCAAACUUGGGCUUGAAAAUGAUCCAAACUUAAUUAUUAAGACGGAGCGAUCAUUGAUGCGACUUACCAGCAGGAGGUGCUAUAAGACUCUGAUUAUAAAGCUCCGCCCCACAACAUCAUGUUGCACAUCCACAAGUGACAACAGCCAAUGGGGAGUUUCCCAAUUUAUGCUGAAAUUAAUAACAAAAUUUUUAUAAAGAUUUGUUGGAUUUACCCUCCAUCAGGGGGAAGAAGGGCUGCGUGAUGAAGGUUAAAAUGAUCAAGAGGUAGUUAUCUGUCAGCUAUCAGCUUUUUUAUUUCAAUUAUUUUCACUUAUGAAUUUUUUACAGUCAAAUCAGUAAAACUUGUUAUAAACAGAAGAGAAAUAAAGAAGUUCUGUGUAUUAUAAUAUAAGAAGAUGUAAAAUUGUGUUCAGUGUACAAGUGGGUCUGUUUUACACUCUAACUGUUAUAAUAAAAUUAAAUUGUAAUAAGA